AUGGCUGGCCCGUUUUUGUCCCCACUGCCCGGUGAUUUACUAACGGAAUAUAUGUUUGGACGACGUCGUCAGAGACGCAAUAGAACUACGUUCACACCACAGCAACUGCAGGAGCUAGAAGCACUUUUUCAAAAAACCCACUAUCCAGACGUAUUUCUUCGAGAAGAAGUUGCCCUUAGAAUCAGUCUUAGUGAGGCGCGAGUUCAGGUAUGGUUUCAAAACCGUCGCGCAAAAUGGAGAAAACAAGCAAGAUUGCAGUUGUUGCAGGAUGCAUGGCGAAUGCGUUGCUUAGGUAUUAGUUCUACGCAGUUGGUUACUGAUCCUCAAAAUCCAGUAACCCCCAAUAAUAAUAAUGCACCCAGUAAAAAAACUGACGAUAAUGAAUCCUCUUCUAAAGAAUCAGAAUUUACGUUAAUGCAUCCAGCGUUCCAAGGGCCGAGCAAUUAUACAAACAACAAUUCUCCUGAAGAAGGCAAGAGAACGACUUCAGCGCAUCCGUUAUUUCAAGCAAGCCGAAAUCAUUCAAAUAGUGCUAGCAUUGAUAAUCGUGCAUUGUACCAUCCAAUACACGUUUCCUCACGUAUAUCAGCAAAUUCUGAAGAUUCAAAUGGUAGCGAUUUGAGCGACGGCUCGGAAGAAAUCGAUUUAACUACCAACAGUGGUUGCAUUGAUUACUCUAAUAAUAGUUCUAUCAAAAACUAA